AUGGAUAGCCUUCCCAAACACGGCGCCUAUAAAUUCCUCCCCUACGCCUCCACAACCGCACCACCACCCCCAUCCCUCAAGAUCAAACACACAUCAACAUGGACGUACUGCGGCCCACUCCUCACACCAGCCUCCCUCCCCCCCUCACUGCAAACCUGGAGCACCCACGCGACCUCCUCUCCCUCCUCGCUGGCGCAGCAUCUGCACCCCCUGCUAACCUUCCUGCACACCUUCCUGCGCGGCGCAGGAGUGCAACACUACUGGCUCACCCUGCGCGCCACGUUGCCAACCCACGAGUACGACACUCGGCGCUGGCACGUCGACGACGACUUCUUCUCGGCGGUAGGAAGCGCAGCGCGAGAUGCGCCGAGUUUUGUCAUGAAGGGAGGUGACAAGGGGGGCUGGAAACUGUGCGCCACGCUCCUGGGCGCGCCGACGCUGUUCCUCCCCCCGUCCUCUAACGCCACAGCGCUAUCCACACUGCGCUCCGUAGCGCGCUGCGAAGCAGCGAAGCGCCCGCACACGUGCAGUUCGAUCCGGUGCGCGGGCUGUUUCGACACUGGUCUUGCCGUGCGCCGAGUGCUGGCCGCAUUGUUCGCAGACAAGGAAAUGGUGCAGGCGAAAGCUGGCGAGGUGGUGUUAUUCUGCACGGGCGGUGAGCAGGGCGCCGUGCACUCCGAGCCCAUGUGCGAUGCGGAGCGAGUGUUUGUGAACAUUGUGCCGGGGAGCGAGGCGCAGUUGCGGGCGCUGAUGGGGCGGUUUGGGAUGGUGUUUCCGCGGGCGUGGAGCUUGGGGGUGCCUGUUUGUGCAGACAACAGGCUGGAUGGGUUGGGUGGGAAGGUAUAUGAAGGAUAG